UUUUAUGGUUUGCAUGAAUCAGAUUUGGACAAAGUCUUUCAGCUGCCUACAACCACCUUCAUAGGAGGAAAUGAGAACAGUCUUUCUUUACGAGAGAUCAUCAAACGGCUGGAGAAUACCUACUGCCAACACAUUGGCUUGGAGUUUAUGUUCAUCAAUGAUGUCGAGCAGUGCCAGUGGAUCCGACAGAAGUUUGAGAUGCCAGGAGUUAUGAAGUUUACUAAUGAGGAAAAAAGGACUUUGUUGGCAAGGCUGGUGCGCUCAAUGAGAUUUGAAGACUUCCUUGCUCGCAAAUGGUCUUCCGAAAAGAGAUUUGGUUUGGAAGGAUGUGAAGUAAUGAUUCCUGCACUUAAGACCAUCAUUGAUAAAUCCAGUGAAAUGGGAAUUGAAUAUGUUAUAAUGGGGAUGCCUCAUAGAGGUAGACUGAAUGUACUGGCUAAUGUAAUCCGAAAAGAGCUGGAGCAGAUCUUCUGUCAGUUUGAUCCCAAACUUGAAGCAGCUGAUGAGGGAUCUGGGGAUGUAAAAUAUCAUCUAGGAAUGUACCAUGAGAGGAUCAACCGAGCAACAAACAAGAAGAUCACUCUGUCCCUGAUGGCUAACCCUUCUCACUUGGAAGCAGUUGAUCCUGUUGUGCAAGGGAAAACAAAAGCUGAACAGUUUUAUCGAGGGGAUACGGCAGGGAAAAAGGUUAUGUCCAUACUAUUACAUGGGGAUGCUGCCUUUGCAGGACAAGGGGUGGUUUAUGAGACGUUUCAUCUUAGUGACCUGCCAUCCUACACCACAAAUGGCACUAUUCACGUUGUGGUCAACAACCAGAUUGGCUUCACCACAGACCCCCGUAUGGCCCGUUCAUCUCCAUAUCCUACUGAUGUUGCUCGUGUGGUCAAUGCUCCCAUUUUUCAUGUGAAUGCUGAUGACCCUGAAGCAGUGAUGUAUGUGUGCAGUGUAGCGGCAGAAUGGCGAAACACAUUCAAUAAGGAUGUGGUGGUAGACUUGGUUUGUUACCGUAGGAGAGGGCACAAUGAAAUGGAUGAACCGAUGUUCACCCAGCCUUUAAUGUACAAGCAGAUUCAUAAGCAGGUGCCGGUGCUGAAGAAGUAUGCUGACAAACUGAUUGCAGAUGGGACUGUAACACUGCAGGAGUUUGAGGAAGAAAUUGCAAAGUAUGAUAGAAUAUGUGAAGAAGCCUAUACUAGGUCUAAGGAUAAUAAGAUCCUACAUAUCAAGCACUGGCUUGAUUCACCUUGGCCUGGAUUCUUUAAUGUGGAUGGAGAACCCAAGAGCAUGUCUUGUCCUCCAACUGGCAUUUCAGAAGACCUGCUGACUCACAUUGGCAACGUAGCUAGUUCAGUGCCCGUCAAAGACUUCAAAAUACAUCCAGGACUCUCUCGGAUUUUGAGAGCCCGCUUGGAAAUGACUAAGAACAGGGUUGUUGACUGGGCCUUAGCAGAAUACAUGGCUUUUGGCUCUUUUCUGAAAGAAGGGAUCCAUGUCCGACUAAGUGGACAGGAUGUGGAGAGGGGUACUUUUAGCCAUCGUCAUCAUGUGCUUCAUGAUCAAGAAGUUGACAAGAGAACGUGUGUUCCCAUGAAUCACCUCUGGGAGCAGCAGGCGCCCUACACUGUGUGCAACAGCUCCCUUUCCGAAUAUGGUGUCUUAG